AUGCUUGGAGCGUGUGUUCUCCGACGCCUCUUCGCUUUGUCUUACCAUCGUCGUAGCUUGAGCGAUGCAGACGGUUCCCCAUCGACUGAACAAAAUGCGCUGUCUCGCGCGGUGUAUAGGGUAAUGGCUCCCACCCCCAACAGUGCUUCUCUGCGCAGCAGAGAAGAUGAUCCAACCGCAAAGGUGCAGAGGCGGCCGGGCAGAGGACGCUUUAACGAGGAGAGGAGAGGCGGACAGCGAGAGAGGCGACGGGAAGUGCGACCUGCUACAGCUGCAGAGCCGCUACGAUUUUGCGAUGAAACAUCUCAGAGAGGCGACGGGAAGUGCGACCUGCUACAGCUGCAGAGCCGCUACGACGCGCUGCUGCACAACCCUCAGGCAUUCAGCAUGCAGGUGCAGCUACUGCACGCAUGCAUUCAAAAUGCGCAACAGCAGCUAGCGAAGAGUGUGUACAUGAAGGAGCUGCUGCCGUUGCAGCAGCGGCUCCGCACCCCAGGCACCGAUGCGUGUUUGCAGGUGCACCCUCUUCUCUACGCUGCUUUCUGCAUGUACAACCCGAGUCAUAUUCGCAUUGCUGCAGCAAAGCGUGUGGGUGCUGCGGAGCACUUCCUCGGUGAGUAUUUAAAGGCCAGAGGCAGCAGGGGAUACAGACGCAGACCUGUCUCAGAGAUCAGCAGGCGGGGCAGAGCUGCAGCUGAUGAGUGGCUGGCGCAUACCUCUCUCAGCAACAUAUGCAUCUACCCCUUAGAGGCCUUGUCCCCGCAGCUGCGCCUCUUUUCUUUAGCGGCCCCACAGCGGCUGGCCGCCUGGGAAGCCAUUCUUUCUCGAGCUCUUGCAGUGUAA